CACACAAAUGCAACACUUGCUACGAAGAAGAAGAAGAAGAAAUCAAAUCAUGACAGAACUUCAGCAAUGAAGAACGACUCAAUGAACACGACGAACCAAUGAACAAAUCAACAAUGGACAAUGGACAAAUCAACUUUGCAUACCCCCCUCUCUCCUCUUUAUCCCCCCCUUCCCAUCUUGCCUUUUUUUUUCUUCACCCCCUUGCUCCCUCUUCCUCAGUAUUAUUACUACCUGCCUACCUGCCUGCCUGCCUUGCUUUGCUUUGCUUUGCUUUUGCUCUUCUUCGUCUUGCGUCUUGUGGUCUUGGGUUCUUCUGAUCUUCUCGCAUGUGCAGAUCCGGAUCCCACUUCUGCUCCCAUAUCCAUACUCAGCCAGCCAGCCAGCCAGCUAGGGAAUAAUCGAUCGAUCGAUCGAUCUUGUUCCUUCAGUCAGUCGUCCAUCAAUCAGUCAAUCAGUCAAUCAGUCAGUCAGUCACUAUAUUCCACAAGAGGAGCGAUGUAUAACUCGUGAACGUCCCCGACCAUGCAGUCCAGAGGGCAAUUGUAAGGAUGGGAAAUAGAGGCCGGGAUCUGGAUCUGGAUCUGGAUGCUGGAUGCUGGGAUGCUGCUGAUGAUGAUGAUGAUGAUGAUAAUGGUAAGCGUACUCAGAAUGAGAAAUCGUGGGAGACGGCCUUCCCUAUGCCUUUCUCCUUUUGUCCUUUUG